GGGUUGAAGCACCAAUUCGAGUUGUUGAUUCGAUUUGACCAGGAGACGUACGGUCUAUGGGGCUUAUAUCAACAGGCUGUUGUAGGAAAUAUCAAUGUUCCAAAAAUGGACUAUAUGGAUCCAGCUGAAGAAUCGUGGAUGUGGAGUUGGAUAAAAGGAAACGAGAAGUGGCAUGCAUGGAAUAAAUGUAAAGGCAAGACUGGGUUAUGGUGCAAUCGUGGGCGCAAACAAGUUAUACGACUUCCUUCAGGUAUGACCAAGAGCGAAGCCAUGCAAGCUUACAUUGAAGGGGUUCGUUCUUUGGAGAAGCGUCUUCCAGACUUAGUAGAAGACUGGAAAGACGACCAGGACCCACGAAUUCCUGAUAGGAAUCGCUAUGUACCUGACGAUGAAAGGGAGGAGUACGAUCGUAUAACUCGGGAAGGGAAACUGGCUCGACGGUCAGUUUAUAAAUUUCGCCUUCCUUUUUACAGAUAUAAUUAA